CUCCCGCGGGGCGGCCAGAGCCUGCUCCGCCCGCCUCGGCACGGCCCGGCCCGCCCGCCUCGGCACGGCGCGGCCCGCUCCGCUCGCCCGGACCGCACGGCCCCCGCCCGCCUUCAGCGUGGAAGAUGGCGGGUGGCGUGGACGGCCCCAUAGGGAUCCCGUUCCCGGAUCACAGCAGCGACAUCCUCAGCAGCCUGAAUGAGCAGAGGAACAACGGGCUGCUGUGCGACGUGGUCAUCCUGGUGGAAGGCCAGGAGUUCCCCACCCACCGCUCCGUCCUGGCAGCGUGCAGCCAGUACUUCAAGAAGCUCUUCACCUCAGGGUUAGUGGUGGACCAGCAGAACGUGUAUGAGAUAGACUUUGUGAGUGCGGACGCCCUGUCGGCGCUGCUGGAGUUCGCCUACACCGCGACCCUCACCGUCAGCACUUCCAACGUCAACGACAUCCUCAACGCCGCCACGCUGCUGGAGAUCCCGGCCGUCAGGGAUGUCUGCACGGAUCUCCUGGAGAGGAAGAUUCUGGCCAAAAAUGACCAGAUGGAUACAGUAGAUCAAAUUGAUCAGAGGAACCAUCUCAGAGCAAAAGAGUACCUGGAGUUCUUCCAGAGCAACCCCGUGAACGGCCACCAAGGCAGCUUUCCGUGGACCAACCCAGAGUUGAGAGACCUUCAGAGACUGAACUUCCGAGGCCAAGAGGAGGAGGAGGAGUCGAACUGCAAUGGCCUGGACUUCUACUCGCAAGCCACCCCAACCGAAAGACCAAAGGCAAGUGACUGUGACCCUGACAGCAACCCGGCCAUGUGGCUGGACCGCGAGGACGAGGAGCCGGUCAGCGGCGGGAUGUUCUCCCCUUCCCAGAACGGACAUUACAGCAGCCGUGGCUUGGCCACCCCGGGAGAAGAGGAGGGGGGCACCCCCAGGGGCCCUCUGGACCCGCAGGAAGCCGGGGACUCGCCCAGCUUCAUCCCCACGGGCACGGAGACGGAGGACGAUGCCAGGGAGGUGGAUGACCUGGCCGCCAGCGCCCUGCUCCAGCAGAUGAUCAACUCGGUGGGGCGGCAGCAGCUCGGCGACGACGACCGCAAGGACGAGGACGGGGUCAUGGAUUAUUACUUGAAAUAUUUCGGCAGUUCCAGCGAGGGCGACGUGUACCCGUCCUGGUCCCAGAAGGUGGAGAAGAAGAUCAGGGCGAAAGCAUUCCAGAAGUGCCCCAUCUGCGAGAAGGUGAUCCAGGGCGCCGGGAAGCUGCCGCGCCACAUCCGCACCCACACCGGGGAGAAGCCCUACGAGUGCAACAUCUGCAACGUCCGAUUCACCAGGCAGGACAAGCUGAAGGUGCACAUGCGGAAGCACACGGGGGAGAAGCCCUACCUGUGCCAGCAGUGCGGGGCCGCCUUCGCCCACAACUACGACUUGAAGAACCACAUGCGGGUGCACACGGGGCUGCGGCCGUACCAGUGCGACAGCUGCUGCAAGACUUUCGUCCGCUCCGACCACCUGCACAGGCACCUUAAAAAAGAUGGAUGCAACGGGAUCCCGUCGCGGAGGGGCCGCAAGCCGCGGGUCAGGGAGGCCGGGGCCAUGCCCCCCACGCCCACGGGCAGCGCCGAGGACGGGAGCUUGGCGGCCGGCGAGUCCGAGGACACCGCGCAGGGCACCGAGCAGGAGCAGCAGCAGCACUUUGAGGAGAAUUCCAAUAACGAAGCGCCGGGAUUGAAUGUAGCAGGAGGGUCGGAUGAGGGUAACGCGCAAGGACUCUCCUAAACCAAAAAAAAAAACAAAAAAAAAAAAAAAAAAAAAAAAGAAAAAAAAAAAAAAAUCAUCCAACCCCAACCGAUGAAACAACCACCUGAAAACAAACAAAGUCACAAAAUCUAGUUAGUACUUUUCCUCCGAUUUUUCUCUUUAAAAGAUGUUUCUCUCCCUUUUUUUUAAGGAAAAAAAAGAAAAAAAAAAAAAAAAAGAGAGAUAUUAUAUUAAUGUUUUUCAAUCUUCCCAUCGUAAGCGGGGCUCUCCCCCGAGGAUCCCUCAUAGCCAAGGACCUUUUCUUGGAAAGGCAAGGACGCUAGGGAAGCACGAGGUGGGGAUGGAAAGUGGCUCUGUCGCAUGGAAAAGAGCUUCCAUGUAAAUCCAAAGCUUUAUUUUGUGUCCAAACACGUGUUUAAAAAAAAAAAAAAAAAAAAAAGCAAAGAAAAAAAAAAAAAACUUAUUUCAGAGAGAGAUCUAUUUAAGGAAAAAAAAAAAGGAAAAAAUAGAAAAAAAAAAAGGAGUGGUAGGAGUUGGAAGGGCUGUGGCAGGGCGGGGUUUGGGAUUUGGGGGCCGGGGGCUCCUUCCCAGGAGAUUGGGGUCAGGAUUUGGGGUCUGUCCCCCCCCAGCCCCGUGCGAGGCUCAGUCGGGCAGCGAGGGCUGCGGGUGGGGGGAGCAGCUGGGGAAAAAAAAAAAAAAAAAAAAAAAAAAAAUUGCUGGAAAAAUUGCCUAAAAAAAUAAACAAAAAAUCAUGUGAGAGAGAGGGCAGCAGGUUCGGCAGGGUUUGUGUCGGGCAGCCGGGGCUGGGGACGCUGGAGAUGGGGACAGGGCAGGGAUGGGGACACAGGGAUGGGGACACAGGGAUGGGGACACAGGGAUGGGGACACAGGGAUGGCUCAGCCGUGCCGUGGAUUGUGUCCAUCCCUCUGUCCAUCCCUCUGUCCAUCCCUCUGUCCAUCCCUCUGUCCAUCCCUGUCCCUCCCCAUGUCCCCACAUCCGUCCCCACCCCGCAGUGCCCAGGAAGUGCCUGAGUCAGCCCAGCCCCCGCUGCCGGCAGAAUUUGGGGCUGGGGGGUCCCAAAUCCCACCCCCAGGGAAUUUUUCUUCCCGACCCCACCCAGGGAAUUUUUUUUUUCCCUCCCCCCCCCCCCCCCCCCCCCCACCCACCCAGGGAAUUUUUUUUUUUUCCCUUCCCCCGGCUCCGCCCAGCGCGGCCCCAAAAACGCCUCCAAAUUCCUUUGGGAAAAAAAAAAUUAAAAAAAAAAAAAAAAAGGAUUUUUUUUUUUUGGGGUCUCCCCUAAAGGAGCAGGAGGCCUUUGGGAAAGGGGGGAGCAGCCUGGCCCCCCCCAGCCCCGUUCCCAAAAAUAAAAAAAAUAUAUAUAUAUAUAUAUAUAUAAAUAUAUAUCUAGAGAUGCUCUAUGGCUGGAGAGGCGGGUCCCGACCCUCGGGGGGAAAAGGCACCUUUGAGUUGGUCACCUGUUUUCUAAAUGCACAUUUUUAAAUGCUAAAAAAAAAAAAAAUAACAAAAAAGAAAAAAAAAAAAAGAGUUAAAAAAACCAGAGAGAUUUUAAGCCCUUUUAUUUUCAAAGCACUUUUUAGAUUCUCUUCCUUUUAUUUUAAUUUUUUUGUUGUUUUUUUCUCUUUUUUUGGGUUUUUUUCCUUUUUUUUUUUUUUUUUUUUUUUUGGUGUUUUUACUUUUGAAAGAAAAAAAAAGCAAAGAGCAGGUUUUGGCCGAAUGUAUUUUGGAGAGGGAGUGAGAGGGGAGUGUGUGCUGGGGG